CGUUUAUUAUUUUAUCUGCUGCUUCUACACUGUACACACAUCGUUCGAGUGUUCGAUAUAUUUUUAAGUUUUAAAGUUCUGAGACUCUUAAUGAAAAGUUCUGAAUGAAAAAUGCAUAAACUUUCGAAGAUUUUCCAACCAUCUUUAAUAAUCCCCAAGAAUGCAAUUGUUAAGAACCAAGACAUCACAUCCAAAAGCCAACGGCUGAUGCUCGAACAAGGCCUUAUGCGGCAGGCCGGCAACGGCACCUUCUACAUCCUGCCACUGCUGCAGCGUUCCGUUCAGAAAGCCAUCGACCUGGUCGAUCACCACAUGCAGCACUUCGCCGGGGCGGAGAAACUCACCCUGCCGAUCCUCACAUCGGCCGAUUUGUGGCGCAAAAGUGGACGCCUCGAGACGGCUGGCGGCGAACUGAUGAGCACCACCGAUAGGCACGGCAAACGGCAAAUCCUGGGACCGACGCAUGAGGAAAGCAUAACUGCCCUGCUGGCGGCGAUUUCACCGGUAUCCUAUCGGCAGUUCCCGUUGCGGUUGUACCAGAUAUCGACCAAGUUUCGGGACGAGAUGAAACCUCGCUUCGGGCUGAUGCGGGCGAAGGAGUUCCUGAUGAAGGACCUGUACACGUUCGACGUGGGAUUGGCCGAAGCGCGCCAAACGUACGAGGUGGUAAACGAGGCUUAUCGGAGGUUGUUCGAGGCGGUUGGAGUUCCCUUUGUGAAGGUAAGGGGGGACACUGGAGUUAUGGGGGGAUCCACGUCACAUGAGUACCACUUUCCCAGUGAGGUCGGGGAGGAUCAGUUGGUUUGCUGUAGCGUGUGCGGCAUGGGAUGCAAUCAGGAGAUGUUCGAUGGUGAAAAGGCUUGCGAGAGAUGUAACAAUAGCAAUAUUGGGCGGCAGGCAGGAAUUGAGGUGGGCCAUGCCUUUAUACUGGAAGACAAGUACAGCAAGGCACUAGGGGCCAUGUUUCUGAACCAGAACGGGAAGCCUGAGGCGCUGCAGAUGGGAUGCUACGGGAUAGGCAUAACUCGAUUGAUCGCUGCCGGGGUUGAGGUACUUUCCAGCGAAAAGGAAAUUCGAUGGCCCCGUGCGCUGGCACCGUUCAAGGUCUGCUUAAUUCCACCAAAGAAGGGAAGUAAAGAGGAAUCCUUGGUUGAACCCUGGUUGCAUAGAUUAGAAGAUGAAGUUAGUAAACUGUCCAGCGUUGGUUCGGAAGUUGUGGUGGAUGAUAGAACCAGUCUGACGAUAGGGAAGAGACUUUUAGACGCUAAGAAAACUGGAUACCCUGUUGUGGUAGUUAUAGGACCUAAGGCAGCUGACGAGGGCGCCGAACUGUUUGAGGUUCACAAUCAAACGGACGAAACUCAGAAGCUGUUGGGCUUUAGCGAAACGGUUAAGGAAAUAGAACGGAGCUGUUCAUAGUACUUGAUAGAAUAUGUAUAAUUUUACAUCAAUGCAUUUAAAAAUAAACUGAUUUCAGUUAGGAA